AUGAGCUCCAUCGAGGCGACCAUCAUCUGCAUCGACAACAGUGACUACAACAGGAAUGAGGACAUCGUGCCGAACAGGUUUCUCUCGCAGAUCGACUGCGUGAACGUGCUUUGCUGCAACAAGACGAGCAUGCAUUACAAGAACAACAUCGGAAUCGUGAUGAUGGCGGGAGACAAAACGAAAGUGAAGGUGUCCCUAACGAACGACAUAGGGCAGCUUCUAUCCUGCAUUCACGACAUUAAGUUGGAUGGCACAUGUGACAUCGUGAGAAGUCUCCUAAUCGCUCAGCUGGCUCUGAAGCACCGCGUAGACAAAAACCUGAGUCAAAAAAUCAUGCUUUUCGUCGGGAGUCCUUUCAAAGUGAACGAGAAGCAGCUAAUCAGCACAGGGAAACAAUUGAAGAAGAAUAAUAUAUCUCUCGACAUAAUCAGUUAUGGAGACAUAAAUAGAAAUAGAGACAUCCUCAUGACGCUAUACGACAGUGUUAAUAGCAAUGACAACUGCAAGUUCAUUGAGUGUCCAGAGACGGAGAACAAUCUCAGCAGAUUUGUUCUAAACUCCAUCCUGAAGAAUAACGAUUAUAGCAUUGAAAACAUUCAGGAAGACGAACAACUAAUGAAUGCAAUGCAGAUGUCAUUGCAGGAAGGUCAGCAGGGGACGGAACAGAAAAAUAUUGCCACCUCCAGUGGUGUUGUGCACUCUGCUAAUAAUAACGACUUACCCACAAUUGAAGAAAUUGAAAAUAUGAAGGAUAUAGAUAAUGAGCUGAAAGAGGCUUUGAUUUUAUCCCUCAAGGAAUACACUGAGAAGAACAAGCCGGAGGGUGAUAAUACCGAGGGGGGGGGGAGUCUCACAGAUGGGAAGCAGCAGGGUGGAGAAGCGAAGGUGGAAGGGAAGGCGGAAGCGGAAGUCGAUGCGAAGGUCGAAUCGAAUAGCUCACCUGCUCUUUCAGUAGAUCAGAGCAACCCGUCAAGAGCAAACCAACCCAGUGAUGACACCCCCUUCGAUGGAAAAGAUGAAGACAAUCUGACACUCGUAAAUGAAAGCUACAAAAACAACUUUGACAGUGGAGAGCAUCAGACACCGAUCGAAGAUUCAAAGGAGAAAAAAGAAAACGAGAGCUACGAAAAGGUAUUCAAAAUGGAUAAAGAUGAUACUAACCUGCAGGAUGAUACUACUCAAGGAGGUGGAAUAAAUGAGAACCUGUACAAUUCGGAGAAAAUCGUUUCCAAGGAGAAUGAUGGGGUGGCUCUGCCAAGUGAGCAUCCGGACGAUGGUGAUGAUGCUCCUUCGGCUGCUCACAUUCAGGACACCAGUUACAUCUCCAGCAUCCUAGGAAGGAUUAACGCUAAUCUGAACGUGUUCGGCGGGGACGGAUCCGACGGGAAGAAGGGCGAGGAGAAGGAGAAACAGUCGGGGGACGAGCCGGACGACGCCCCGGGGGCGGCUCAGUAG